AUGUUUAAACCAAAAAAUUAGAGAGAUCAAUAAUAACAGCCAUUUUAUUUGAGUUGGUUUACAAAUUAAGGGUACUUUAAAUUGAUUGGUAAUUCAACUUAGUGAAAACCUGAAACGAGGAGGUACAGCACCAAGCCAAUCUCGAAAGGAUAAAAUGCCUUUUAAGAGUCCAUAUUAACAACCUUUGAUUGCUGUUGCACACAAUGUUCCAAACCCAUACUUAAAGACUAUGUGAGUAGUAUUUACAAUAACAUAGAUCACAGCCAAAAAGUUAUUAAAAUAAUAUCUAGCAGAUUUCAAAGAUUUAUGCAGGUCAAUUUUAAGGCACAGUAAAAAGAAGAAGUCUUGAAAAAAGAUAUGAUGAAGGUCCGAAGAGUGGCAGAGGAUCAUUCAAGGCAUCCAGGACAUUCACUUAACAAAUUUCAAGGCCCUUUCGCUUUUCAGAGUAGCAGCAGAGCAGACCAUAGACUCAAUAAAUGAAUACUUUAGAACCAAGGUUAAAUUGUGAAAAUUUGGUAGUGGACAGUAACGAUGAUGAGCAGCUGACUCCUCGAGAAUAGGAGGAUAUUGAAAUAGUUGAUAUCGAUAAUAAUGAUGAUUAUUCAAAUUAAUCAGAUGAAGCUGAUAGUGAUGGACAUUAAAACUUUUAAUUGCCUACUUAACAAUAGGAAUAGGAAGAAUAAGAAAUUCAAAAAAAUGCAUCUUUUGUACAUAAAUAAUCUGAAGAACCAAUUGCAACUAUGAGAAAAGCAACAGCUAGUCUUAACAGGCCUUAAACAUCUGAAGGUGCAAGAAGGAAAAGGUUCAUGAAUUCAGAUAAAAAUGAGUCUAAACAUGCCUUUGAAACUAAGCAAUCAGACUUCGGACUCUUAGAUUAUGAACCUAAUAUUAUCUAAGAAGAUGAUUCAGAGAAUUGCGAAGUUAUGCCAAUAUUAUUGAAUUAGUUGAAUUCUCCUAAAGUAUGAAUUUUCAUCAUUUCGUAAUAAAGGAAUUGCUCUCAAUACGUUCUGGAUAGAGGAGAAAGUAAACAGAAUAGAAUUAGAUGGAAAUUUUAGAUAAAAAUGAAAGACCCCCUUCCAGACAUAAAACACCUCCAAAGGCAACGGGAUUAGAAUUACCUCUUUAAUCAGGCAAUUAGAAUACUAAUAGGGAUGGCAUCGAAAUCCCUAUUAAGAAUAUGUAUGCUCAAAUUGAUGAAUUAGGUAUUUACUUACUAUUAUGCAAAAGGUAAUGCAAAUAAUAAUAUGGUUAUUAUUAAAAAUAAUGAUGAAUUUGAUGAUUUUGAUCUGGGAUUCAUCAAAAUGAAUAACAAAGUCAAUUUCAACAAAUUUCAGCAAAGGGAUGGAUAUCAAACCGAUGAUGGAAGUAUAUAAUUCCUAUUAAUUAAGAAAAAUAAGCGUCUGAAUAAAAACAUCCCUAGUCUGCUAAUUUAAAGUAUAAUGGAUUGGGAUUCCAAAAUGUGUCAUACUCUCCUCUUAACAAUUAAAUUACUUCUGCUCAUGGGUUCAGAGCAAAUGAAGAAUAAAUAGUUAUCAAAUAUAAUGCUAGCUCAGCCUUAAAUAAGAACUAUAGCAACUAACCAGUUAAGGUGCCAUUUCAAACUUCAUUGGGUUAAGACUUUCUAAGAUUAUUUGCUAAUGAUUGA